UCUCUCUCUCUCUCCCUCACUUCUCACUCAGCUACCCAAGAUGGCGGCAGCCUCCUCCAUCCAGCCGCCGCUGGUUCACUCCUCUCUUGCCGGGCAGAGCUCACUUGUUUCCCCGGAGAUGGACAGCCCUGAGAGCCGGCAGCAGCCGGAGGAUGAGGAGGCGGUAGCGGCAGCGGCGGCCGCAGCGCAGCCUCCAGACCCGGAGAUCAGCCUCCGCGACCUGCCGGACCUGGAGCCGGAGGAGAUCGAGAAGAGGCUGGCCAAAACUCGCAUGGAGCUGAGCAACAGGAGGAAAAUCCUCAUUAAGAACCUGCCGCCUGACACCACCAACCAGGAAGUCCAUGAGAUUCUGAAAGAAUAUGAACUGAAGUACUGCUUUGUGGACCGCAACAAAGGCACAGCCUUUGUGACUUUGCUGAACGGGGACCAGGCUCAGGAUGCCAUCCGCUCCCUCCAUCACAGCACUGUCCGGGGACGCCUGAUCAACGUCACGCUGCAGCCCACCGACUCCCUGCUCUGCCUCACCAACCUGCCCCACACCUUCACCGCCCAGCAGUUUGAGGAGACGGUGCGCGCCUACGGGAACAUCGAACGCUCCUUCCUGGUGUACAGCGAGCUGACGGGCCACUCCAAAGGAUAUGGGUUUGUUGAAUACAUGAAGAAGGAUUCUGCUUCACGGGCCCGUUCUGAGCUGCUGGGCCGACCAAUGGACGAUCGCUCAUUGAUGGUGCAGUGGAUGGACGUCAACCAGCUGAGCCAAGAGGAGAACCUGCACUCCAGGUGUCUGUGUAUAAACCGGCUGCCGCUGGACCUCUGUGACUCUGAGGAACUGACCCAGCUCUUCUCAGAAACCUACAAACCUGUCUUCUGCCAACUUGCUCAGGAUGAAGGCAGCCCAGUCCGAGGCUUCGGUGUGGUGGAGUAUGAGAGCUCGGAGCAGGCGGAGGCUGUGCUGAUAGAGAUGGACCGAACACUGGUGGGAGGACAGGAGGUUCGUCUGUCACUCUGUACCCCCGGCACCUCAGGGAGAAGCACCCUGGCUGCACUCAUCGCCGCCCAGGGUAUGAUUCUGAGUAAUAGGAAAGGUCUGCUACCAGAACCCAACCUAGCCCAGCUGCUGACCAGUAUGACCAACCCUGCUGCCCUGCAGAUCCUCAUGAGGCCGUACCACUCUGGGAAAAGAGGAGGGAAGUACGGGCGUCACACCAGCCUGCCGUUCCUCAGACCUCCUCUCACCACAGCUCUGCUCACACUGGGAAAAGCACACCAGAAUGCUAUGCUGGGUAAUGGACUAGUCCUCCAGAACCUCUUGCAUAUGCAGCUCGCACAGCAACAGCUCCUUCACAUCAAAGACAAACGCAUCAGCAGCAUUACGUCUCUCCUCUGUCCUCCGCAGGUCUCCAGUCUGCUUGGGGACCCGUCCAGGCUGCUGAUGCAGAAAGCUUUGUCUAUGCGGCCUCAAGGCCUCGUGCCGCUGGGGAAAGGCCUCCUGGGAGACUCCCCUACAGAGUUGGGCCACGAGUCAGUGCCAUCGUCUGCCCACAAUGCCACAGUAGUGGUAUCGGCAGCAGGUGUGAUGCCAUACCUCCAGGGUCGAGCAGGAAUGGGAGAGCAGAACAGCACCCAUUCUAUCUCCACAAACCCUUCUGCUUCCUCCUCCACCUCCUGUGACAGGCAGCCAGCUCCUCCUGGGACCAUGCUGAGCUCCCAUCCCCAUCAGGGACAGAGCUAUUCCUUGGGUAUAAGUAACUCAGGACUUGGUCCUCCUCCACCUAAACCCCCCGGAGGAGUUUAUACAACAGCAGGCCAGCACAACAGCUCAGAUGGCUGCCCCCUGGCUGGCAUGGUAAGCGGUGGUCAGGGCUCUCUGUUGGGCGAUCCUCCUAAAGAAGUCAGACUGCCCUCCAAUCCUUACCUGAACCUGGCCAGUGUGAUGCCAGGGGUGGUGCUGCAAGGAUCAGUGGGGAACAAAGCCCAGGGAGGGCAGCCUGGUUCCGGGGUGUACGGCGGCUCGGUUGCUCCCGUCGUCUCCCAGGGCUCCGGCUCCUACUCCCACAACGUGUCAGCUACAACCACAGCCCAAUACAGCACUGAUACCUCCACUGACUACAGCCAAUACAACCAGGCCUACACACAGGAGGCCAUGCAGCAGUGGUACCAGCACUACCAAGCACAAGCACAAGCUCACACCUACAACACCGCUGCUCCACAGGACAACACAGCCACAGACUACAGCAAGGAGCACACACAGGCUCCUCCGGUGUCGACCUACGGGGAUUACACUUCCUACAUGCAGGCGGUCACUCAGUACUACUCGCAGCCUGCAGCAGCCAACCAGGCCUACGCCAGCAAGGAGGUAGAUGUGUGUAAGCCUCUAGGAGUCUCUCUGCACGCAGUCAGUAACGGCGCCGCCCCACCACCGGCCGUCCUACCAGCUGCUGCCGUGCUGCCAGCCUACAGCACCUUGCCUUUAAUGCCCGGCUUCCUCCAGGCGCCACACCCGGCGGCAGCCACGGCAAACCCCGUCACGCACGCACACACUGCCGCCCCCGACUGGAACACCUACUACUAUAACCAGACGAGGGGCCACAAGAGAGAGUACCCUCAGCUGGCGGUGCAGGAAGUGACAUCAUCAGACGGUGCCUACAUCGGGCAGCACUCCCAAGGCCUGGGAGGGCAGUAUGCUGACUACUUUAAGAGGAAGAGGCUCUACCUGAUCCCCCUGAAUCAACUGUAACCACCAUUUUAUGGCGUUCCUCUGGCUGUCUGGCUCGGAGCCUCAGUUUGAUUUGCUUCCUGGUGUGAGUGGAUUAAAAGCGGCCAGCUGGACUCCGCUCUCACCUCCACCUCUCUAAAAGACGGGAUAGAAAUGUCUGUGUGUGCGAAUGUGUGAUCGGACCAGAGACGGGGCCUCUGUGUUUGUGGAUGUGAACAGCUGAGGCAGCAGAAGCACCGUCUGCUUGUCUGUUUUCCCCGUCUGUCUUCCUGACUGUCUGUUUUCCACUCUGACUGUCCAUGCCUGAAUUAUUUUAUUGGUGUCAGCUUUUUCUCUGCCCUACGUGUCACUUGCUCUAAAGCCAUGACUGUAUGUACUACAAAGUUGUGUGUGUGUGUGUGGAUGUCAAAACUAUUGAGGACAGAACAAAUCUGAGCUCUAAUCCUGCAAGUCUAGAUUUGAUAGUGGAAAGACAUGUAAGACAUGUUCCUAAAAAUACCUGUAUGGGGACAGAAUCAGGAGUAUAACUGACCACAAAGAAUUGUGUCACUUGACUUGAAUGUAGGGCUUCCUUUACCUGCCAAUUUCAAGGUUUCACACCCUCAGUUUUGGCCGUUCACAUGCAAAAACAGACUCAGAGACAAUCACUCUGCUGGUCUUUCUUCCACUUUCUAGUGUACUCCACCUGCUUGUCCAAAAUCCUUUUAAGUUACAUGAAACUCAAAACCAGUAACUCAACAGUGUUAAUUGUGUCGGUUAUCUUGCCAACAAGUCUUCAAAAGCCACCAAUUAACUGUUAUUUGCUAUUUUUUUUGUCGCAGAC